GAGAAGGCGAGAGGGAUUUGACCCACAAGUAAAUUGUUGGACAAAUUCACCAAGGGUGGUCAACGACCGUGGGAUGGGCCCCACGAAGCCGUUUCCGGCCAAAUGCAGCUUCUUCAACGAGUUCAUCCCGUCGAAGUGCCCGCCCGGAAUCCUGCCGGAAAACCUGUUGUGGGACAGGUAGAGGUUCUUCAGGGAACCCAGUUUCCUGAAGUCCGGCAACGGUCCUUCGAAGCUGUUGUUCAUGGCGCCGAAAACCCUAAGACUCGUCAGCUCUGCCAGGGCGGCGACGUCCAGGGUCCCACCCAACCCCUUGCCGUUCAGGUUGAGCCCGUGGACCCUGCCGUCGCCCUCGCACAUGACCCCGUCCCAAUUGCGCCGUGCACCGUCGCACGGCGGCUGGGAGAGGUUCCAACCAGACAGCGCGACGGCAUUGUCCAACGACUCCUUGAACUUCAGAAGGAUGUCUGCGUCGUCACAUCUCGCGGGAGACGGUGCGGCGAGAAAGCCAAUGAGUAGGAGAAUGAUAAGAGAAUUACUGUUGAUUACCAGACAGGGAGAAUGAUGUGUAUAGAAUAAAAUCGCGGAUCGAUGAUUCAUGGUACUGCAAUGCAGGUAUACAUUUGUGUGUUUCGAGUGCGGGCCCUCCUUGAGGGGCUUGCUCCCGAAACGAAUUUCAAAAGAAAAGGGAGAAAUAUAAUCGAAGAAAGUUAAGGCUUUGCU